AUGGUAUUACUGAAGAUUCAAAUGCAUUACGAGACACAUACUGGUGCACUUAUUAUGGCGGGUUCAUUCUUGCUUAGAAUACACCAACUUUCUCCGAAGGCUGCAGAUACAUUAGCAUCUAGACCCUGGUCGUACAGUGUUUUAUACCAGUUAUUUAAACGAAAUUACACACCGAUGGAGAAAAAAUCUAUCAGCUUUACCACGAUCGAGGGAGAUGUGGGACAAAGACUGGACAAGAUGUUCCACGUGAAAUCCAGCUUCCUAAGAGUGCAACCGAGUCACUGUUUAUUGCCGCCCAAUUUCGUAUUUUACGCCACUAAAAUACGAGACAUGGAAAUUUACGAGGACGACGUGUGGAUGGUGUCGUAUCCACGAACUGGUAGUCACUGGGCACAGGAAAUGGCAUGGUGUAUUGGAAAUAACUUCGAUUACAAAAAUGCUCAAACAUUAUUGGUCAUACGUAAUCCAUUGCUCGAAGCUUCGUCGUUGAUGGUCACAGGAGAAUACGUGGAAUGGUUCACGAAAUUAGGUGAUUCGGUUGAAAAUGUAAUCAAGAUGCCACGAAUCAGAUACGUAAAAUCUCAUCUCCCUUUGGAAUUAUUACCGCAGCAAAUCCAUCAGAAAAAACCGAAAAUUAUCUACAUUGCUAGAAAUCCAAAGGAUACCUGUGUCAGCUUUUAUCAUUAUUGUAGAAAAUUUCACAACAUAACGGGAAGCUUCGAGGAUUUUGCCGAGUUGUGUCUGGAAGACAGCGCGCCGAUGGGUCCGUUCUGGAACCACGUUUUAAAAUUCUGGGCGAUAAGAGAUCAAGAGAACGUGUUAUUCUUAACCUACGAAGAGAUGAAGAAAGAUCAAGAGAAGGCGAUCAAGAGAACGGCAAAAUUUUUGGGAAAAACCGUGACCGAUGAACAAAUCGCCGAGCUUAGCGAACACUUGAAAUUUUCGAAGAUGGCAGCCAAUCCCGCCAUAAAUUUGGAGCACAUUUUACCACAGAAGGACGUUCCUGAAAAUGAUAAAUUUAUAAGAAAAGGUAAAAUUGGUGACUGGAGAAACUACAUGUCCGAGGAACUGUCUGAAAGAUUCGAUGAAUGGACGGAGAAACAUUUACGCGGAAGUGGCCUCGACUUCGAUAGGGAAGUGAUCUCGUGCAACGAAGAAUAA